CGUUGAGUGGUAGAAUAGUCUAUUUUCGGCCUAACUAAAUAGUCUGAUAGCAAACUUGUGAAUUAUUAAGCCGAGUUAGGCUUAUGCAUCAUUAAGUGGUAAAAUAGUCUCCAUUUCCUUUGACAGGGAAAAAAAAAAAAAGGCUUAUGCAUCAACGCCGACGGUGUGCAGAUUCUCACAAAUCUCUCUCUUCUCUCAGUGGCUCUCUCUUCUCUCCCCUGAUAGCCACUCAUCCCAAUCUCCGUUGGACCGUCGCUGGCACUUGGUGUGAUAUCUGAUUUUCCAAAUUCUAAUCCCUCAGCUAACCAUUUAGAAAACGAUUCAUUCUUAAACUUCACUUUCCAUAAGUUAAAAGAUUUGUAUAUCCAGAACAAAAAUGUCGGAUACGAGCUUGUUCUCAAAGCUAUCAGACGAUAUCCUUCUCAGCAUCUUCUUCAAGCUCGAAAAUGAUCCCCGCAACUGGGCUCGUCUCGCUUGUGUCUGUACCAAGUUCUCCGCUAUCAUACGCAACAUUUGCUGGAAGGAUAAAUGCAACAAAACCAUUCCUUCCUUUGUCUCCGAUCUCCUCUCCUCUUCUGAUCCUUCGAUUCCCGGUGGCUGGUCCGCCCUUUUCAAGCUCUCCGUUUGCUGCCCUGGACUUCUCCAUGCCGGUGUUCUUCUUGAACACUCUGAUUUCGGUCUAGAACGUGAACUCGGCCCCGAUGAUAAUUACCAAAAAAUAGAGUCUUUUACCUCCAAAAGGAAACCGCAACCGCAACCGCAACCGCAACCAUCCUCUUCUACCGUUUCUAAUGGUAAUUCAGAAAACUGUGAUUGCUCUUGGUCCCUAUUCGAUGAUCUGUAUUUCGACACCGUUUAUGAUGUAUCUGAAGCACAAGGUGGGUCCGCCGAUGCAGGUGCAGCUGUUAACGACGACAAAACUGUUGGUAAGGCCGAUGGAAAUUUCUCUAUUUGCAAGAGAAGGAAAAUCUCUAGAUCUUUGAGGUCCCAUUUAGCGUCUGGGGUGUGGAAUUUGACUCGUGAACAAGGGAAUAAGCUAUUAGCUAGCCGCUUCCGAGACGAUUGCUUGUACAUAUGUGAUUGGCCUGGUUGUGUUCACAUCGAAGAGAAACGGAAUUACAUGCUAUUCAGGGGAGUUUUCAAGAAUUUUAAGCGGUCAAGGGUCUGGAGGACGGUUAAUGAUGCAGAUAGGAGCAAGAUUAAUCUCAAUUGUGCGUUCUGUGGUUGCAAGGAGACCUGGGAUCUGCUCGCUGCCUUUUGUUUAAGGAGGGCUUAUGGCUACCAUGAGGAUGGCGAGCCAGUUGUUCGAGCCUAUGUCUGCGAGAAUGGGCAUGUCUCUGGGGCUUGGACUGAUUUGCCGCUGUAUACUUGAUGAUGCCACUUCUUAUGGGUAUUACAGGAGACAAGUAGUGUUUCUUGUGAACAGUAUGCUAUACUCGUUGACAAGCAUAUAGUAGUUACAACGUAGCAAGCAUUAUGCUUAUACGACUUUAUAGUCAUCUCCUGAAAUCAAAUGAAAUCUAGCUGUGUGCUUACUUUGAAGUUGGAAAUUAAUUAUACUCCGACAUGUUUCGAGGACAUUUUCUUCCAUUGCAGAUUUUAUGUAUUGUUAACAGAUAUGAGAGGAAUUCUAUUUUUCAGAAUUUAUGUUGGGAAUUCAUUGUAAGUUGUAAUGCAGUUGCUUUUAUGGAAUCCUAUAAGCUGGUGAGUUGGUUUU